GCUGUGGCCGCAGCGUUCCGCCUCUCUCUGGGGGCCUCCCCAGGCGUGGACCUCUGAAGCUACCGACAGACAGCGUCUGGCUCUUCUGAGCUCCAGUGGGCGAGGGCCUGCAGGUUUCCUCCAGCUGGGGAGUUCGCAGAGCGGAGGCGGAGGCAGAAGCACGUUCAGGCUCUAGGCCCGGCGGGCUGGGUCGGGUGCAGCGCGGCCAUCAUUCGCCAUCCAGGGCGCGCGCGGCCCUCUUGGGACCUCGCCGGCGACCCGUAGCUCGGGCACGCGCCUGUCGCAGCCCGCAGGAAGGAGGGGUCCAGCCUGAGGCCCGGCCACCAUGGAGAUCCCGUCGGCCCAGGGCUGGCGUCUGGGGCCUUGGGGGCGGCCCUGACCGCCCUCCUCCCUGCCCGGCCUGGAUCGCUGACCUGCCCCCAGCGGCAUUCGGCCACCUCUGCGUCUCCGCCCUCCCCUGGCCGCGCUGCUGCCUGGGCGCGGCGGCGGCGGCGGCGGCGGCGGCGGCGCCCUGUUGAAUGGGCUGUGAGGGCCCAGGUUUGAAGCGCUGGCGAACGCGGCCUCCAGGGGCGCAAGGCAGCAGCAGCGGUGGCGACCAAACGGGUGUUGGAGUUGGCAGCGGCCAUGGAGGGCCUGGCUGGCUAUGUAUACAAGGCGGCCAGCGAGGGCAAGGUGCUGACUCUGGCCGCCUUGCUUCUCAACCGGUCUGAAAGCGACAUCCGCUAUCUGCUUGGCUAUGUCAGCCAGCAGGGAGGGCAGCGCUCCACGCCCCUCAUCAUCGCAGCCCGCAAUGGGCACGCCAAGGUGGUGCGCUUGCUGUUAGAACAUUACCGGGUGCAGACUCAGCAGACUGGCACUGUCCGCUUCGACGGGUAUGUCAUUGAUGGUGCCACCGCUCUUUGGUGUGCAGCAGGGGCAGGACAUUUUGAAGUUGUUAAGCUUCUAGUCAGUCACGGAGCCAACGUGAACCAUACCACAGUAACUAACUCAACCCCCCUACGGGCAGCAUGCUUUGAUGGCAGAUUGGACAUUGUGAAAUACUUGGUUGAAAAUAAUGCCAACAUCAGCAUUGCCAACAAGUAUGACAACACCUGCCUAAUGAUUGCAGCAUAUAAAGGACACACUGAUGUGGUCAGAUACCUUUUAGAACAACGUGCUGACCCAAACGCUAAAGCACAUUGUGGAGCCACAGCAUUGCACUUUGCAGCUGAAGCUGGGCACAUAGAUAUUGUGAAGGAGCUGAUAAAAUGGCGUGCUGCUAUAGUAGUGAACGGCCAUGGGAUGACGCCAUUAAAAGUAGCUGCUGAAAGCUGUAAAGCUGAUGUUGUCGAACUGUUGCUCUCUCACGCUGAUUGUGACCGAAGAAGUCGGAUUGAAGCUUUGGAGCUCUUGGGUGCCUCCUUUGCAAAUGACCGUGAGAACUAUGACAUCAUGAAGACAUACCACUAUUUAUAUUUAGCUAUGUUGGAGAGGUUUCAAGAUGGUGAUAAUGUUCUUGAGAAAGAGGUUCUCCCACCAAUCCAUGCCUAUGGGAAUAGAACUGAAUGUAGAAAUCCUCAGGAACUGGAAUCCAUUCGGCAAGACAGAGAUGCUCUUCAUAUGGAAGGCCUUAUAGUUCGGGAACGGAUUUUAGGUGCCGACAACAUUGAUGUUUCCCAUCCCAUCAUUUACAGGGGAGCUGUUUAUGCAGAUAACAUGGAAUUCGAACAGUGUAUCAAGUUGUGGCUUCAUGCCCUGCACCUCAGACAGAAAGGUAACAGGAAUACCCAUAAGGAUCUUCUUCGAUUUGCCCAAGUUUUUUCACAGAUGAUACAUUUGAAUGAAACUGUGAAGGCCCCAGACAUAGAAUGUGUUUUGAGAUGCAGUGUUUUGGAAAUAGAACAAAGUAUGAACAGAGUAAAAAAUAUUCCAGAUGCUGACGUCCACAGUGCUAUGGACAAUUAUGAAUGUAAUCUCUAUACUUUUCUGUAUUUAGUGUGCAUUUCCACCAAAACACAGUGCAGUGAAGAAGAUCAGUGCAAAAUUAACAAGCAGAUCUACAACCUGAUUCACCUCGAUCCCAGAACUCGUGAAGGUUUCACCUUGCUGCAUCUAGCUGUCAACUCGAAUACCCCAGUUGACGACUUCCACACCAAUGAUGUCUGCAGCUUUCCAAACGCGCUUGUCACAAAGCUCCUGCUGGACUGUGGUGCUGAGGUGAAUGCUGUGGACAAUGAAGGGAACAGUGCCCUUCACAUUAUCGUUCAGUACAACAGGCCCAUCAGUGAUUUUUUGACCUUGCACUCUAUCAUCAUUAGCCUAGUUGAAGCUGGCGCUCACACCGACAUGACAAAUAAACAGAAUAAGACUCCGCUAGACAAAAGUACAACUGGGGUAUCAGAAAUACUACUUAAAACUCAAAUGAAGAUGAGUCUCAAGUGCCUGGCCGCCCGGGCAGUUCGGGCUAAUGACAUUAACUACCAAGACCAGAUCCCCAGAACUCUUGAAGAGUUUGUUGGAUUUCAUUAAGUGACUGGAUAUGUAAAAUCAUUUAAUGUGGUGCUAAAAAGUAAAGGACUUUAAUCACA